AGAGGGCUAAAAGUCAGGUGGAUAAAGUGGAUUUAGCAUUUUUCCAAGAAACUUCGCAAAAAUCAGAAAAGCGAUCAAAUGAUCUAAUAUUUUAAUAAAAGAAGAAUUAUUUCUGUGUUUAUAGAUGUAAAUAAAAAGAGUGAAAAUAUGGCUAAACGUUUGAGAGAACUCAGAAUUGCGUCAACCGAGAGCGAUUCUGAUCACUCGACAUUGAACAAAGCAUUCCAGAAUUCAACAAAUAGCAGUAUUAGUUAUAUGGAUAAUACAUGUUUCAAAAGUGCAGAGGCAACGUACGGAACGUCUGUUGAUGAAAAUAAUCUUCGACGAUUAAUUGAAAAUGAUACAUUUUUAAGAAACAUCUCUAAAAAUGAUUCAUUCCCAAUAAAUUACAGAGCACCGUCACUUAUUCUCGCAUCAGGAAGUUCACAAGGAUCGGCAAAAACAAAAUUAAUAGAAUCAAUGGAUUCAGAAAUUGAAGAAGGUGCAAUGGAUUCAGAUCUAUCAUUUUAUUCACCGAACCAAACAACGAGACACAUUAAUAACACCGGACCAUCAAUUUUAAAUAAAAGACUUCCAUCUGACGAUGAAGAAUUUAUCGAUUGCGAAACUAGUUUCAAUAUUCCAACACCACAAACACAUCCAUUAAUGACAGAUUCAAUAUUAAGUACAAAAUAUAAAGAAUUACCCAAUUAUCUAUCGCCGAGGAAACGUUUAGAAAAUAAUAAUACAAUUUUUAAACCAAUUGCCUCGAAUAAUCAUCAUCAUCCCGAUGAAGAUUCCUACGAUGAUUUUCCAUCUGAAAUUCAACAAUUAACGACAAUUUUAGAAGAAUCAUAUCAAACAGUAAGUAAAAAUCAAUCAGCAAGAAUAUCGGGUGUUAAAUUACUUUCAAUUGUCGAUGAUUUAAAGAAAGGACCACUAUCAAAUUUACCGGAGAAUAAAAAAUUCAACGAUACCGUUAAACAUUUUGCUGAUAUUUUAAAUAGAAAUUCAAAGGAAAUAACUGUCGAUCAAUUAACUUAUAUUAUUCAUUAUUCAUUGAAGACUAUUUAUAAUUAUUCGGAUCGUGCGAGCGAUGGUGAGAGUCUUCAUAGUUCUGGCGAUAUAUCGAAAACACAUGAAUUAAAUUGUGAUAAUAGUGGCACGGAAUUGGAUUCAAUUAUCAAUGAAUUGAGACACAUGUAUCCAAAGGAAAAACAAAUAGAAAAUGAAUCACCGCCCGAGUGGCCAAUGUCAGAAAAAUCCCUAGCACCAUCAACAGUGGAAAAAUCGAUUUUAUUCACAAAAACAAAACAAGCGAGUGGUAGAAAAAAGGAAUAUUUCCCCUCAACAACAUCUUUGGGAAAUAAGGAAAAUUUCAAUUCAAUGAAAUCUAGUCAUGAAAUGGGGAAUAAUUCACCUUCGAAGAAGCGCGUUUGUUUCGCCACAAAAGAGCAGACGUCGAAAAUAAAUCGUUAUUCGUCAAAUAAGGGAGGAAAGAAGAAGUUUGUGACAACACCGCAUUAUAAAAAAAAUAAACUUUCAGAAACUGAAGAUGAAGAAGAGAAAUUUAGUUCAACCACUGCGAGUGAGAAUUCGUUUAAUGUUUUAGAACGAAUGUUGAAUAAUCUUGAGGACGCCGACAAUAGACGAUCAAGAUUAAGAAGAAGUAUAUCGUUGACUAAUAUUACAACAGUAAAAUUGGCAGCUUGUGAAAAUGGUGCAACUAUUCCUAAGGAUAGCCGUCGUAAGGAUUGUCAGGGAAAUGAGAGAGCUUCAAGGCAUAAUAGUGUAAGAUUUCAAAUACAGGAGCCGGUGAAGAAAUACAGAAAACGUAGAAGCAAAUCAUUGGAACGUUCUCCGGAUUAUUCUGUCCACGUCAAUAAUUUUGUUUCAAGAGAUGAUAAUUUACCGUCGACAUCGGGUGUAAGGAAAAAAUUGACAUUUAACAAAACGGUGGAUGAAGUUCCAAAAAUUGUCAUUACUUCCGAGAGUGGUGCCGUUUUUAGAUCGCCAAUUGUCAAAAGAAAUCCAUUAAAAACUGUUACUUCAAAUUGUUUACCGCACACAUCGCCUCGAAAUCGUCGAAAAUCAUCGGGAAUUGAUAAUAGUCACAUUCCCGCUGUUUCGAAGUUGAGGCAGAUUUUUUCACCCGUAAAAGGAAAAGUGUCGACAGUCUCAUCGAAAAUACAUCGAACACCAUUGCAGAGAAAGACUCCAGAAAAGAGUUUAAAUGAAUCAAGAACUCAGUCAUCGACAAAUUGUUAUAGACUUCUGUCGAAUUCACAAAAUUCGUCCCAAAGGAAACCAUGGAAGCCAUGAAAUAACGUAAGAGGGGUGAGAGAGAUCUAAUUGGUUAAAAUUUGUUUUUCUAAAAAAUAUAUAUAUAUUUAAUGAAAUAUUCUAAAGUUUAUAUGUAAAUUAAUUAUACAAAUUUAAGGGGUUAAAAGAGACUUUUUAAAGAAAGGAAAAAAUUAAUUUUUAUAUAAACACAGAGGGCAACUAACAUUUUUAUAUUAGACAUUGUGUAAUAUUAAAAUAGCUUAAAAUUUUGUUAUUGCACUUUAAAAAAAAAAAUAUUGCAAGAGUUUAAAGUGCAAGUUUUUACUGCUGUUUUUUUUUAAAAAAAGAAAACUAUGUCGAUACUAGAGUGUAAGAUAAAAGUAUAAAAAAAAACGUUUGUAUCAACAUUCCGUCAAGUAUUUUUAUAUUAUAGAUUUCUACUUUGUUGUAAAAAAAAAAAAAUAUUUAACUGUAAAAUGUCAUAUUUUUAGGGCCAAAUGAUUUUGACUCUGGAAUUAAUUUUUAUAAAUCAAAAUACAUCUUUUAUUUAAAAAAGUAA